GAAGUAACAACCUUUUCGCUGCAAAGUCUUCUUUCUCUCUAUUCACAUUCACACACUCCUCGCGUAUACACAAUUUAUGGCGCAUUCAACUCUUCACUCAACCACAUUCCUUUCUUUUUCUUCUUCUUCUUCUUCUUCCUCUCCUCCUUUUCUCUUCCAACAACAUUUCAAUCGCAAACCCUUUUAUUUUCUCUCUCCAAAACUCACAUUUCCAACAUUAAACCCUCUCAAGAUGCAGCAAUCUUCACGCGUCUCAAGUGUUCAAGAUGCUGUUGGAGGAGCUAUGGCUAUUGUCCAAUCAUCACCCGCCACGUGGCAAUCUGCUUUGAUUAGUAACGUUUUGAUCUUUGUAUUGGGUUCUCCAAUUUUGGUUACUGGCUUGUCGCUUUCUGGGAUUGUUGCUGCUUUUUUGCUUGGUUCACUCACUUGGCGUGCUUUUGGUCCUUCUGGGUUUCUUCUUGUUGCUACCUAUUUCAUCAUUGGUACAGCUGCAACAAAAGUCAAAAUGGAACAGAAAAUCGAACAAGGGGUUGCUGAGAAAAGAAGAGGAAGAAGGGGUCCAGGGAGUGUAAUUGGAUCCAGUGCUGCUGGUUGCAUUUGUGCUUUACUUACGAUUUUUGGAGUUGGAGGAGGUGCAUUUUCUCAGUUGUGGAGAUUAGGGUUUGUUGCCAGUUUCUGUACCAAGUUGAGUGACACAGUCGCAAGUGAGAUAGGCAAAGCAUAUGGAAAAACAACGUACCUAGUUACGACAUUCAAGGUAGUUCCAAGAGGUACAGAAGGGGCGGUUAGUGUUGAAGGAACCUUGGCUGGAAUUUUAGCAUCUGUUGUUCUUGCCUUUGUCAGUUUUCUCCUCGGCGAGGUUGGUUCACAUGAAGUAAUUAUAUGUAUACUAGCUUCCCAGUUUGCUAAUCUCGGUGAAAGCAUAAUCGGUGCUGCACUGCAAGAGAAGGAAGGAUUUCGAUGGCUCAAUAACGAUGCAGUCAACAUCAUCAACAUAUCAAUGGGAAGUAUCAUAGCUGUCUUAAUGCAGCAAGCUCUCCAAAGCUGGCAUUCAUAAAUUUGCUGCAAGAUUUUCUUGGAGCUUAGCUAUUCAUUUAUUGAUUUUGUAAUACAAAACUAACUUUCAGAUAUUUAUACUCCUGGAUGGUCAAAUGCUAACAGAAUCAAGGCUCAUGUGUUGGAAGCAAUGGUUCUUUCAAGUUAUAUACGUGAAUUUUGCUUUUCAUGUUCCAGAAGAAAUGAAAGAGUUACUCAUAACUCCCAAGUAAAUCAUUCUGUUGUCAUCAUUUAUUUCUCUUGUAUAAAUGUAGACCAUGAAAGAAUAGUUUUUGUUACUGCAAUCAAGGUUUUCAUUAUGGUAUAGUUAAUAAUGAAAGAUUUAAAAGAUUAAUGAACUGGAAA